AUGGCUGUGCCGUCGAGAUUUGUAAAAGCCCUCCGGGGGUUUGCCUCUUGUGACAUCGGAGAUGCACUCGUCAAGCUCAAAGUCCCCCAUGGCGGUUACCUAUCCGGCCUCAAGAUGUUCUCCCCAGGUCUUCUUGCCCCGAACCACAAAAUCUUCGGUCCUGCAUAUACAGUGCGCAUGGUGGCCGCCGCAGACAAAACCUCCCCAACGCCACCAACCCAUUUCGCCGACUCCAUCCCCAAAGACGCGGUUGUCUUCGUCUCCCAGCCAAAAGGGCUCAUCAGUGCUUGUUGGGGAGGACUCAUGAGCACUCGUGCGCGAGCACUUGGAGCUGCAGGAAUCGUGAUUGAUGGUCGUUUCCGGGAUAUUGCUGAGCACCGCAAGCUGGGAAUGGGUCUUUUUGCACGUGGGGUUAGUAUUCUUGGAUCGAAUACCUUCACGCGUUCAUCCGAGUUGAAUAUCUCCGUGUCGUAUGAGAAUGUGGAGAUUGGUGGAGAAGUCACCGUUCGGCCUGGCGACUAUAUCAUGGGUGAUGCGGACGGAGUCGUAGUCGUGCCUGAAGGAAAAAUAGAAGAGUGUGUGCAUCUCUGCCAGGAACGAUAUGACAUCGAUGAAGAGACACGGCGGUGCUUGGAGCAAGGAGAACCAAUGGGCCUUACUAUCAAGAGGUUGAGGAAGUAG